GCGGGGACUGCAUUACCCAUGAGGCGCCGCGGCAGCCGCCGGAAGCGCGGCGCUACCGCUAGGGUUUGUGGGAAGUGGGCCUCUUCCCUUCCGGUGCCGGGCGCCAUCAGGUAGACAGACAUGGGUGCCUACAAGUACAUCCAGGAGCUAUGGAGGAAGAAGCAGUCGGACGUGAUGCGGUUCCUGCUGCGUGUGCGCUGCUGGCAGUACCGGCAGCUGUCGGCCCUGCACCGGGCACCGCGCCCCACCCGCCCGGACAAAGCCCGCCGGCUGGGGUACAAGGCCAAGCAAGGUUACGUGAUCUACCGUGUCCGUGUCCGCCGUGGUGGCCGCAAGCGCCCGGUCCCGAAAGGUGCCACCUAUGGCAAACCCGUGCACCACGGUGUUAAUCAGCUCAAGUUUGCCCGGAGCCUUCAGUCUGUUGCAGAGGAACGUGCUGGCCGUCACUGUGGGGCUCUGAGAGUCUUGAACUCGUAUUGGGUUGGUGAAGAUUCCACUUACAAGUUUUUUGAAGUGAUUCUGAUCGAUCCCUUCCAUAAGACCAUCAGGCGCAACCCCGAUACCCAGUGGAUCACCAAGCCCGUCCACAAGCACAGGGAGAUGCGUGGGCUGACGUCGGCCGGGCGGAAGAGUCGUGGCCUUGGCAAGGGCCACAAGUUCCACCACACCAUCGGUGGCUCCCGUCGUGCCGCCUGGAGAAGGCGCAAUACCCUGCAGCUGCACCGCUACCGCUAAUCCUUGUAAACGUAACCAUCUAAUAAAGCUGAUGCGGGUUCUUAAAUUCCA